AUGUUUAGUCCUAAACUGGAUGAUAAGAAAAAAAGCAGUUUAAGCACAAUUAAAAAAAAGUAGGCAUAACCUAUAAUGUUUGUUAUGAUAGUAAGACAAAAUUGCUUAUAGAAUUAAAAUAAGUUUAAUAUACUGUUAAUAUAUAACCUGGUUUAGCAGUAGUGCAUAUAUGUCAAAUCUAUUCAACUGAAUAAAACAGAUAACUUUUUUACAAUAGAUUAAAAUUCAGAGGUUACUAAGAUGAUAGCUGAACUUGGAGGUUAAAAGGUUUAUGGUGUUGUAAAAGAAUUAGAAGAAGCAAAAAAAGUAUAUGAAAAGGGAAUAUAAGAAGGAAAGACCGUGGUAUUAAUCAAAGAGGAUUCAAAAAUAUCAAAUAUCAAAAAGUAAAAAUUGGUCGUUUAAGUCCUAGUAAUUCAUUAACAAUUUAAUUUGAAUGCAUCCAACAAUUAUGAGUAUUUUUAAAUUAAUUUUGGAAAUUAGAAUUGUCUUCUAUGAUAGAUACAAGUUAUCUUGCAGUUAAUGAAUUAAAGAACACAUCUACAAAUUAUGCUUAAUAAUAUUCAUUUGUGAAAAACCAUGUCAACAUUUAAGCAAUGAAAUUAAAUUAUAAGUAAAAUAUUACUGUAAUAAUUAAUAUGGAAAAACCGAUUACAUAUGCUAAAUCUCCAACACAUUCAAUUUUAUUAAAUUCUGAUAUUAAUGUCAAAGAAAAAUAAAUUGAUUUAUAAACUCCUUAGAACUAAUUAAUUAUUACUUUAGAUAUGAAUGAUCCUGAAAAUAUGGCACCAAAUAAAAAGUUUGAAUUAUUAUUUUCCUCCAAUGAUGUUAAUAACCCUUUUGCAAUACUAAGCCAUACAAAUAAUGAUGCUUUAUAACACAUCAAAUAUUGUGCAACUCUAACCCUCAUUCCAAAAUUUAAUGAAUUUCCAAUAGAUGAUGCUUAUCAAUCAUAUCUAAAUGGUUUAAAUUUAUCAUCAUAGGCAAAAAUUUAAAAGGGUUGUUAUAUAUUUUUUAUUGAUCGUAGUGGUUCAAUGGAAGGCAUAAGAAUUGAAAAAGCCAAACAAUCACUGAUAC